CCCGCAAAUAGCAACUGUUACACAGGUCGGGAUAUCUGGCCCAACUUCCCUCAAUACCUUCCAUUCCGGUCUCCUUUUUUAUCAACCAGUGGACGCCGCAUUACACCCACCUGGCCAAUUAAACCCAUCUCCGAGGUAAAACGCACGAAGAAUGUCUAUACAUAA